AUGGACGUCGAAUCUUCUACGUCCCCAUCCUCUUCACCAUCUGUUCAUCAAGAAUCUAGAAACCAAGCUACUCAGAAUAUGCAGAAAGGAGGAUGGAGAGCCAUCAAGUACAUUAUCGCAAACGAGUCGUUCGAGAAGCUGGCCUCGAUGAGCUUAAUAGGGAAUCUAUCGGUGUAUCUCACGACAAAAUACAAUCUUGGUGGUGUAUUCUUGGUGAACAUCGUCAACAUUUGGUUUGGUUCCUGCAACGUUCUUAGUCUCGCAGGUGCUUUUGUAUCUGAUGCUUACCUUGGAAGAUUCUGGACACUUCUCCUCGGUUCCAUCUGCUCUUUCGUCGGAAUGGGAAUAAUGGCUCUAACGGCGGGUCUUCCACGUUUAAGACCAGAAGCUUGCCACGAUCCAUCUAAUUGUUCAAAGCCGCCCGCGCCAUGGCAGCUAGCGGUUCUCUUUGGCAGUCUAGGUCUACUAGCCAUUGGAGCAGGAGGAAUCAGACCAUGUAACAUCGCAUUUGGAGCGGAUCAGUUCGAUACAAACACUAAAAAAGGCAAAGCUCAGCUUGAAACUUUCUUUAACUGGUGGUACUUCUCCUUCACUGUGGCUCUAGUCAUUGCACUAACAGGCGUCGUCUAUAUACAGUCUAACAUCAGUUGGGUCAUUGGUUUCGUGAUCCCCACGGCUUGUCUUGCAUUCUCUAUCUCCAUCUUCGUCAUCGGUCAGCACACUUACAUCUGUACAAAGCCUCAGGGAAGUGUCUUCGCAGACAUGGUUAAGGUUGUUGUCGCUGCUUGUAAGAAACGUAAGGUGAAAUCUGGAGAAGCUAUAUCGUUUUACGUAGGCCCUCCUGCUGAUGGAUCAUCAACCACUUUGGUCCAACAAAAACACAGGUUAAGGUUUUUUGACAAAGCAUCGGUGAUAACUGAUCCAAACGAGUUAAACGAAGAUGGUAAGGCGAAGAGCAACUGGAGAUUAUGCAGUGUCCAGCAGGUGAAAAACCUCAAAUGCGUGACCGCGAUUUUGCCGGUUUGGGUCACAGGAAUUGCGUGUUUCAUGCUGACUGACCAACAGAACAUUUACGGGAUCCUUCAAGCGAUGCAGAUGGAGAAAACGUUUGGACAUAAUUUCAAAGUCCCAGCAGGAUGGAUGAAUCUUGUCUCCAUGAUCACUCUCGCUAUAUGGAUCUCUCUAUACGAGUGCGUCAUCUUGCCAAUAGCGAAACAUAUCACAGGACGCAAGAAACGGUUAACGAUGAAGCAGAGGAUAGAGAUAGGUAUCGUGAUGGGGAUCGCUUGCAUGGCCGUCGCUGGUUUCAUGGAGAAGCGGCGAAGAGCUUCCGCUCUGAGCAACGGUUCGUUUGUGUCGCCGGUUUCGAUUGUAAUGCUUCUUCCUCAGUUCGUGCUUGCGGGUUUGACGGAAGCGUUUUCGGCGGUGGCUCUGAUGGAGUUUCUGACGGUUAAGAUGCCUGAGCAUAUGAGAGCCGUGGCGGGAGCGAUCUUCUUCUUGAGCUCGUCGAUAGCGAGUUACAUAUGCACGCUUCUUAUCAAUGUGAUCGAUAGCGUGACACGCAAGGAUGGGCAUUCGUGGUUAGGAGAUAGAGACUUGAACAAGAACAAGCUUGAGAACUAUUUUUUCAUUAUAGGCGGCAUUCAAGUAGCGAAUCUGCUCUAUUUUAGGUUCUUUGCUUCCAGGUUUGUCACUGAGACGGAUAAGGAUAAUAGAGAUUUUUAG